AUGGCAGACGCUUAUUCUUAUCUAGUGGCUCUAUUUUUAGUAGCAACGAUUGCCGUUAAUUUCAUCAUCAAUGUUGUUGUACUUGUCAUGAUGAAAAAGAGAAGACUAUACGUCAUCGUGGCUAACCGACUUUUUCUUCAGUUUGUCCUGAUUGAUUUUAUAGCCUGUUUUUUCGUGUUCGUCCCAGCGAGUGUGACGGCCAUUUUAGAAUCUUGGGAGUUCUCUGAUGCUGCGUGCCACAUCCACGGCGUCAUAACAACACUGGUAUAUCUAGUUAUAUUUGGCCUCCUGAUUGUGAGGUGUGUAGAGAGAAUCACAAAGAUAAAGAACAGGGAGCUACACAAAGCAGUCUUCUGCUCAAACUGCCGCCUAAUGCUUGUGUCUUUGGUUGUUUGGUUAGUAGGAAUAAUCGUUUCUGUAUUGCCACUGUCUGGAUGGGUUUCUUUCAAAUAUGACUACUAUCACUCGGGGUGUGUUGUGCAAUUAGAAGAAAGUAUUCUGUAUUUAACCUUAAUUUUUCCUCUUGGUGUAGGUCUCACCGGUAUAUUUGUAGUCAUAGCCUUUGUGAUAAUAUCAAAAGCAGACAAAAAUAUCAAUGAUAAUCAGAAGAUCAAUGGCGGAGAAGGCUGGUACAAAGGUAAUGGAAGUAAACUGGAUGCAAAUAAAAACCCCAACAUGGCCACAGCCAGUGCCAAUCUAAUAAUCUGUACUGUGUCCGUCAUUUGUUUCUUUCCAUACUUUCUCAUUAUGUUUAUCAGAGGCGCUGGAGGAGAUAUGUGGAGGGGAGCAUACAGUAUUUGUCUUAUUCCCAUAGUUUUAACGUUUGUCUUACGACCUUGGAUCUAUCUGUUUCGACUAAGAAUGGCCAUCAAGUCAAAGGAAAAGAACGCAGCUCGAGACCCAAAUGCAAAAAAUAGAAUUUUAGCAGUAUCCAGAAGAAAUAAAAGAAAUCCAGAAAAUAAGAAUUUGCCUCCUGGUGAACUGGAAAAAGGAAAACAUCCUAACGAGCCGGUAUAUUCUUCUGACGAAUGGAGUGAAUAUGAUGAUACUCAGAAAAAGAAGAAACCAUGGUUUCUCCCGAAAAAAUCUAAAAAGUAUGACGAAAAACUCUCCAAAGACCCUCCCCCAUACGAGUCUGAUCCUGAGAUGAUGGCUCAUCCUAAACCAUCUCCAUUGCGUCCAAUUAGAAAUAAGGACAAGGGUGUAUUUAAGAAACCAAAUCAUCAACACACCAAAGAUAGUGAAGUUGAUGAAGAUGACAUGUCUGAAUUUUAUUUAGAUAGCAAUUCAUCUGGAGCAGAUAAAAAACCUAAAAAUCGUUCAAACUUAAGAAAGAACAAAAUCAAAAGUCCUAAAACAACGAAAAGUAAGACAGUGGAUCCAAGAAGAUCUAAAAAGAAAAGAGACGCCAAUGAAACAGCAGAUGAUAGUCAAUAUAGCAGUGAACCCGAAAAUGAAAUAAAUAAAAAUGACCCCGAGUCCAUGCUCUCACCUCGUAUGAUUCAGAUUAAAGAAAUUCCAAAACACAAGAAAAGAAGACCGAAAAAGAAAUCUGGCACUAGGACUGAAGAAGAAAGUGUCAGUAGCGAAUAUUCUGAGGACGGAGGAGAUCCUAAAAGAAAAUCAAAACGCCGCAGAAAAAAGCGGAAUAACCGACCAGGGGAGGAUGAAGACAACAGCGAUUCUUAUGAGUCUGAAAAUAGUCCAAAUAAGCAGAAGAAGACAAAACCUAUUAUUAUUUAUCACAAUUUAGAACCCAAAGAAGGUGAAAAAUCACAGUCGGAAGAAAAACUUCGUAAACAAAACAAAUUUCAACCUUUGAUUCGAGUGAAAUUAAAUGAUCCUAAGAAUGAUACGGACAACAUUGAUAUUAAAGCACGGAAAAAGAGAAAGAAAUCCUCGAAAUACAAUGAUUCUAAUGAUAGUGACGAAUCUGAGUACGAAAGUGAGUAUGAAACUGGUGAUGAAUUAGAUGCAAAUGGCCAACGACGAAAAAAGAAAUAUAGAAAACGUAGAAAUCGCCAUCUGUCAACAGAAACGGAGUACUCCGAUGAGGACGAUUAUAACAAAAGACGACGGCGAAAGAAAGAUGAGAAUGAUUCCAAUGAUGACCCUACAAGACCUCGAAAACACAGAAAGCGCCGAAGGAAACGGGGUAGAUCAGACAACACCGAUGACAGCUAUUCGACGGAAGAGGGGGAAGAAAGCACAAACAAAAACAAGAAAUCAAAGAUACCUAAAACAAAGUGGUCACAGAAGGAAGGAAAUGCUCCAAUGGUAACUUCUAAUAAUCAAACAAGAAGUAUGCCCAAUGACAAGGAUUUAAAAGAGGGUAAUAGAAAUAGAGUUCAGUACAUAGAUCCACCAAAUGAGAUCGAUCAUGGCAUUGACAAGAACACUAUGGAAGAAAUGCUUAGAAAUAACAUGGAUUCUCACAUAACAUACGUAGUGCAUAACAAUCAUUACUAUCUAGAUCCAACUCGUGUGGCGGAUUCAAAUCAGCCGAUGCAAAAUCAAAAUUCACAGAAUGGAAAAGAACUUGAAAAGGUCUCUGAUAAACUUGGACCAGGAGACCCAAUGGAACCAUAUAAAAAGAGACGCCUUAUUCCAAAUGAUUCAAACAGGUCAGACAAGGACGAUUCUAUAAAACACGAGGAUCCCUCAGAGGUCCUUGGACCGGGCGAUCCCUUAAUUCCUUAUGAAGCAGAUGACAGGAAAAAUGAUGGUUCUUUUCCCGAUGAUAAAAUGGCAAAAAAUAAAACAACAAACACAAACCCAGAAAAAAGUAAACCCACACAGUCAUCAAGUGGAGACAACCCAAACAGGCAGGAAAAUCUACCCAAUAAUGCUAGCAUGUCACAUGUUCACCCUACCGAGAAAUCCAUGAACGGGAAUCAAAGAUCAUUUGAAAUGCCAAAUUCUUCAGAAAAUCACCAGAACGAAAACAAUUCACCAGAUCUGGUAAAUAUUCUCGGUCCAGGAGAUCCCAUCAUUUUACGGUAUUAUGAUGAGGACGAUGAUGAUGAUUCAGAAGAUGAUGGCACGAUUAGAAAAGUCAGAAACAAAAGAAAGCCAAGCAAGUACUUUCCAAAUUAUAAUUCGAACUCAAAUCAGAUUCCCAAUUCCGGAAAUAUGGAAGAAGCUAGACAAGGUCAAAUUCCACGGAAUUAUAAAGGUGAUCCAAAUGAAUUGUUGAAAAACAGAAUUUAUCCCUAUCCUUCAAACAUGCCAGAAAACACAGCAACGAUGAACAACGGCUCUCAUCCGAAUUCUUUAUAUCCGAAAUAUAAUGGGGAGGACGGUCCAAAUUUUAAUCCGCACAAUAGUAAUUUCGAGGGAUAUGAUCCAAACGGUGUGAAUAAUGGUGGAUUUCCUCCGCACUUACCUUAUGCACAGUACAAAGAUGCACUCCAAAAUCCUUCUUUAAGCAAAACUGAACCAACUUCCACGGAAAUUCCAAGUCAAUUUGAUCCAUAUAUGAUGAAUAAAGAUGAAAAACGUCAUAAUUAUCCCAAUUCAGCGCAAGGUAGUCAAUAUCCAAACCCUUAUAAUCCUUAUAACCCCAACGUGUCCAAUCCAGGCAACGAUAGUUACAAUAACCCCCCAGUGUACUAUAAUCCAAUACCAAUCAACAGCAAAACUGGACAACCUUCCGGAAAUCAGAAGGGAUAUUUACAAAAUUCGCCAAAUUCCUACGACAAUUCAGGAAAUCCGUUAAAUCCACAAGAUUUACCGAAAAAUGAUUAUGCUCCGAACGCUAGGAGAAUUAAUCCAACCAAUAGAAAUAACCCAACUGAGACUAGUGGACUUAAUCAUGUACCUAUACAGCGCAGCAAUCUUCCUCGACAUAACAAACAUGAUCCAUUUUUUGAUAAUCAACCAAUCCUACAGUUUGAUCCCAAUAAAGUGAACACGACAGAAUAUGAACAAAUGAAUCCAGGGUCUCAAAAUUCAUUACCAUUUAAGCAUAUUAAACCUCAAAAUGACAGUGACAAUCAACGUGGAAAUCCGUCCGUCUCUAAACACGACAAAAAGAGUGCACCUCAGAGCAAUCCAAAUGACAACACUCACGAAACUAACAAACCUGACGAGAAUAGAGGGCGAAAACAACCUUCAAUUCCCAGGAGUAAUUUGUAUUCAAUGAACAAACCUAACCAAUUUCCAUCAAAUGAAAAUCCCUACUUUUCCAAUGCUCCCGAUUAUUCUACAAGAAAUCCAGAGACUGUGUCGGGUCCUAAUUUUGUUCUGAAUCCCGAUGAACUUGGUAAAAACUUAAAUGAGUAUCCAAAUGUCGGUCCCUACUCCUAUAUAAAUCCUAAUGAGAGUCUUCCUCCUGGAAACAGUGCCAUGAAUAAUAGAAACCCUAAUGAGUCAAAUUUGGCUCCAAAUCCAAACUCUGUUUUGCCAAACAACUAUCAGGAUUACCCACAAAUAAAAACUGAAGAAAGGAGUGACUGGGAUACCCCAUUGCCUGUAGGACAGUCUGUUCAAAACCCAGAUGGCACAAUAGGCCCACCUAAAAGCUACAGUUCAAGUCGACGACCUCCUAAAGGACGUGCAGUAAAACUCAACAAGCAACCACAAAAUCAAUACAACUCAAUACCCGAGGAGCAGAAUAAUCCUGCAAAAGAAAAUCUUCAGAGUAUUUCAAACCCAAACGCUUAUAACCCGAGAAUUUACCAGCCACAUUCAAAUCAAGGCCCACAACCAGGACCACAUGGUUACCAAAAUUCCAAUGGAGGAAAUAUAAAUGGAUAUAUACCUGUUUUGAACGCUGGACCAAAUGACCCCACUAGCGGAUUUGACCCCUAUAAUGACGAAAGACCAAGGAAUCCUUAUGACAAUCAACCUUCUACAGUAAAUCAAGAUAAAAAUCCCAAUAAUCCUGUACCAUCUCAAGGUUAUCCUGCCGUACCAAGGUACAAAAUUGCACCGAAUGAUACUGCACCAAAUAAAGGAAAGCUAAAUAGUAUUUCAAAUCCAGAAAGGUAUGGUCCAGGAAAUGGUCCAUAUAAUCCUCCCGGAACGUAUCCCAACUAUGAACCUACUAAUUCAGGUCAAGGAGGACCACAAAGUACUUUCCCGAACACUGGUAGACAGGAUUACCCUCAAACUGGAGUAAAUCCAGGUGCAUAUCCAAAUAAUGGUACGCAUAAUUACCCUCACAAUAACCCACAAAAUGGAUCCGCAAAUCCAAACGGAAAUUACCCAGGCAAUGGCAUAAGUAGUAAUCCAGGUAACCAAUCAAAUAUUAUGCCUCCUGGAACACAUCCAAAUACUGGGAAUCCGAAUAAUUCACAUCCUUAUGACCCUUCAAAAAAUAUAGGAUCACAACACUCGAACAAUCCAAACCAAAUAAAUUUGGGUCAACCAAGUAAUACAACUGGGAAUGGUUUGAAGAAUGGAAAUCCAAAUAAUCCUGUAAAUUCUAGCGGACAAAAUUUGAACCCCGAUGACAAACGUCCUGGCCUUCAACAAUCAAACAAACCAAUGAAAAGAGUGACAUUUGAACCAAAUAAAGAGACAACAACAAACAACGACAAAGAAAAGAACGGAGCAGAACCAACUCCCGGGAAGGUUCUUUGGGGUAGGGCAGCUAGGAAAAUCGGCGUGUACUAUCACUUAACUCGCCUUGACAAAUGGGAUAUGGUGCAUGGCCACGACAAUAAGUAUGAUAAACGCGGGAAGGCGCCAAAAGUGGACAGCAGUGGGUGGAAAAAGAAAGGGAAGGACAUUGAUUUGAUCUGA